AUGGCAUCUUCGCGCUCGACGUCCACGGCGCUCUGGGCUCACUUACUCAGGAAGGAUACCCCCUCAAGCACUCCUGGUACCUCAUCGGAUCCGUUAAAUCCUCCCAUCGUCCCACUGGACCGGGCAGGCACCUCCAUGCGAAUGCUGCUCCAUGAUACUCAGGCUAAUUUCGAGAAGUUCUCUGGGCGAAUAGAUCUAAUGACAAACUGUAUUGAAUCGACCAAGCGAGAAAUUGUGACCGUGAAGAGUCUCUUCGAGGAACAGAACGAGAAACUCAGCAUGGAAAUCAUCGACCUCGUGAACAGGUCUCAGCGCGAAGUGCAGAAAACGGUAGCAUCUCCAGCACAAGCCAACGAACUUGAGACGCUGCGAAAGGAACUUUCUUCAACUGACCUCAGAAUACAAGGCCUGGACCAUCGCCUGGAUGCUAUACAUUUACUCUAUCAAUCUCAUAGCCAAGGUCUUCAAGCUAUACAAAACCAACAAAAUGCUCUCCUCUCUGCCUUGCUUCCAUUGCUGCCUCUGCUUCAAGCGCUUCCAAUACACAUUGACUCUGCUAAAGAUCAAAUCUCUGCUACCGUUCGAUCCUAUGUGAACAUAACGCCUCUUCCUCACGCAAACUCCGACUUGCCCUCUGCAUCUCCCAGGCGCUCCUUCGAGGAAGGAACCUCAACAGCAUCCUCAACAGCAAAUCGUCUAUCGGUUUCUCCCGCUCCUCUGAUUGGAAGGAAACGAUCCCGGUGUGGAAGUCCUAGGGCCAAUCUCGGGCUGGUCGGCAACACAAGGACGGCUAUGGUCCAGGACGCGAAAAGACCACGGGUAGAAAUAGGCCCUAUCGCGAGCGACCAAUUGGAUCUCCUUGGAACAACCAACCCUAGUGCUCAAGACAGCGGCGAGAAUAGCUCUCGCGGGAGUCUCACGGACACAGCCUUAUCACGGACCUCUGAUGUUCGCAUCGUUCCUGAAGGCGACUCCCAGCACGCUCCAGCUAACCCUUCUUUGUCUACUUCCAGCUCUAUGCCGAAGAUACAGCCUAAAAUAACUUCAACCUUUGUUUCCCGGAAGCCUCUCCCACCCUCUACUGACUCGUGCCUUCCCACUGCCACCAAAAAAACCAUACUGACUCCGGCUCCACCGUCGAAUGCUCUGGUUGAUUCGCUUGCACCGGCACCGACUAAGACGAAGUGGCCCUCCCCUGGAUGCCGUACGGCUGCUGGAAGUAGGCCGCAGCUUUCUGGGGCUUCCAAGGAAAAUAACCACCCUGGACUCAAGCCAAAUCUACCGCAGGAAACAAGUGCGACUCGAGGCAAAAGGCUCGUCUCCAAACCAGAAUCCGCGACAAAAUCUGGACGUCUGCCUACCAACUUGCACCUCAGCCCUAUGGCAUCGUUUGUAACGCCGGUCCGACCCCGACCGCUGAACAUUGUCUCAACGCAGGUGCUUUCGAGGGAUGGUACUCCUAGAUUGCGCCCUCGACCACCACCACCUCCCCCUCCCCCAGUUCAGAAACCCAUGACGAGGAGCACGACUAUGAUGAUGUCGACGUUCACAGCCCCGCAUCGGUCUACAUCUACGAUCCAAUCAGGAACCUUUUCUACGGCGACGAACGCUAACUCUGGAAUGGCACCCAGUAUGCGAGAGAGGCAACGGUCAUUCGUAAGAGAUGGAAAGAGGUUCAUCCCCAUCGAUGAUGAUGAUGAUGACGACGACGACGACGAUUAUAUAGAAUGA